CUCUAAUGGUUCUAUAUAGCACCAUUUGACAAAUAUGCUAUAUAGCACCAAAAAAGGUUCCCCUAUGAUUACGAGACAUAGAACCACUUUUGGGUACUACUUAGCACCAUUUUUGUUGAAGCAAUAUAGUGCUAUAUGGCACCACUAAUUAUUCUAUGUAGCACCAUUUGGCAAAAGUGCUAUAUAGCACCAAAAACGGUUCCCCUAUCAGUAAAAGCCAAAGAACCACUCUUAGUGCUAUUCAGCACCAUUUUUUUAGUGUGUGGUUUGGUAAUGAAAUUCUAUUUUUUUUAAAAAGGCAUCUUCCCCGACAACUGCAAGACUUUCCUUUUUUAUGUUAUUGAUAAUACAUUUUCGACAGCUAUGUACAGCUGAAAUCAUACACUACAAACAUGUGAUGCAUGUGCAUAUCAGUACGUACAAUGUCUGUGUUGUGCUGGAAAGAUAUCGAUUUUGAAAUACAGUCAAAUGACAACAUGAAAGAAAAAACGUGUUUCUCCAACAUUGAGUUAUAGUAGUUUGUCUCCCUGCUCUGAAUGUGCACGGUGUAAACAGAAUAUUAUCUUUGUAUAUCAAAGAGCACCACAAAGAUUUAAACAACGUAAAUGCAGCAGGAUGAGAGAAGUCAGAAACAGCCGACAAACCUUGCUGGAUAAGCUGAUAAUAUGAGUGAGAGGGGGGGACUCACAGAUCACAGAGCAUCUGUAUUCGUGAGAUAUUUUAGGAAAUUAGGCAGAUAGUCAGUAGUGAUGUGGCUGACUUGGACGGGAUAUGAUAGGAUAUGUCCACCUCCAAUUAACCAUGUUCUUUGUCUCCUGGUAUUGUCACACAAUUUGCGUGUGACAAAGAGGAGAGGACAGGGAAAAGGGGGCAUUGUUGAGAGCAGGUCCCAUAAUUAUAGUGGAUAAUGAACAGAGAAAAUGUGAGACCUGGCUCCAGAACAUUAGUGUCCUCUUCCAGCAGGUUCAGCGAGGAUAAAAGAGAAAGAAAAUAGAGAGAUGAUUUUAAAAUUAAGUUAAUUUAUUUCAGUAACCUCAGAUGACUUCAUAAUUUCUCCAUUCUUUGAGGAGAGCGGCUGUAAUGUUGGGCACCAAAGAAAUUUGGAGAAUUAAUGCCUUUAAAAUUAAAGUGGUUAAAUCAGGUUUUGAAACGACCCUUGAAGGUCUUUUAUAGUCCUGGAGGAUAAUUUAAUAUCACAGUUUUGUGACUAUGUUGGGUGCAAAUUAGCCUCUCCAGCUGACGGACUGCUUUCAUCAAACUUAAUUUAGAGGGAGCAGCAUGUCAGAGGGAGCAGAACACAGAAUGAGGUAAUUUUAAAAAAAGUGAUUUUAUGGCAAACCUUAUAUUUUCUUGUUAAAAUCAGGUGCCUCAAGCAUGUAAAAACCUUUAAACAAUUCCUGGUUAACACUGCCAUCUAGUGACCUUUUGCAAGGCUAAACAGAAUGACUUGUUUUCUCCUGUAUAUUACAUUGAAGUUGGAAAAAAGUUAUCUUAACGCAGCCUGAUUCAAUUACUUGUUAAUCGUGUAGUGUAACCAGGUCCUUGAGCAAUCAUAAUAAACUAAUCACUGUAAUUCUUUAGCUUGAAAAAUGCAUACUAUAGAUAAAAUUGGCUUUUGGUAGAAGUGAAAAGUAAGGAAAGGUUCAUAGUGAACUAGCAUUCAGUACCAGCCAAAAGUUGGACACAAAAGUUUGUAUGUUUGAAAAAAUGUCACCAAACAUCGGUCAGUAAUUCAAAGUUCUUGUACAGUAAGAUAUCCUGAACUAACCACUUUAACUACAUGAUGCUGGAAAGCCAGGGUAUGCCCUAAGACACAGUGUGUUUUGGAUUAGGCAAAUCCACUAUAAUUUACUCAAGAAGUGACGGAUGUAUGUUGAGGGAACACUAGGCCACAAAGGCAGUUUCUGAAGCUGCCGAACAAGGCAGCUGGUUUGCGUUAGAAAGCUGCAGAAACACAUCUCAUGACAAUGCCAGGAGUUAUUAUGGAUUAGCCACAGAACAGACUUUACUGCCUUACAUUAAGCUUGCAGUUUAGCUCUUAUGACCUUGGUUUCUGAAUCACUGAGCAGGAUGUUUUAAACGGGUAGAUCAGUUUUACCAUUAAUAUAGCACACAGAAUACAACAGAAACAGAAAUGUAAGGUGUAAUGUUCUGAAUACAUUGAAAGCCUUUAUAGGUAGAUAUUCACUACAAUAAUAGAUAUACUGUAUGACUUAACAGGCCUUGGUUCAUGGCAAUAAUAUAUUUUGACAUCCUGCUCCAGGGGGAUACAGUAUCAGCACAGUGUGUUCUUUGCUCUUAGAUGGGCAUUUCUGUGUGAUAUGAGAUAGUAGGAGAGAAAAUUCGCAUAUAAUCACAAAAGUGAUUAUAUUAGAAAAUAGCUAACUGUAGGCCUACUUAAAAUCAAACUUUCAUUGUGGAGUAGAAACAAGUUUGGUAAACGAUGCUUUUAGACUAUUUAAGUUACACAAAAAAUGUAUUAAUGUAUGCCACAAUUAUGACAAACAAUACAAUGGAUUUCUAUCAGUAAUGCUGGUUUGUCAUGCUGUACGUUUACAAUGUUAGUUAAAGUUCAACUUACAUCUGAAUUCACAGUUGAAUUUUCAAUUUUUCCAUAGUCAUACAAAUCUCUCUUAAGCUGAACAGCAGAGAGACAGACUGGAAGUGUAUAGAGACAAAUCUAAGAACUGAACUCAUAUGACACAAUGGCAACACCUACGUAAUGCUUAUUUUACUGGUAUAUGCAAGCAAGGCCACGUUGUUUGAGUCACAGCUGUAAGUACAAAAGUCAGAUAAAACUCAUUAUUUCUAACAAUGAUAGAUUACAGGCACUGGACAAAAUAAAUUGUCACUGAUAAUCAACUUAAGGUUCUGACACAGAUUUUCACCUCAGGAAUACAGCUGGGUUUGUUGACAUAUAACUAGAAUAUUAACAAUAACAAGAAUAACAACAACAGCUCAAUGUAAUUUAUGAUCUAAGGAGUAUUUCCUCAAUGUAAAACUGAAACUGUAAUUUACAUGUUUUUUUAUUUUGUUUUGUUUCAUAAGUGUUGUAACUAAUCUUAUUUGUCGCAGACAACAAUAAUCUUAUAUGAUUAAAUAUUCGCUACAUUAGAAUUAAUAUCACAGUUCACUUUUAUGUAAUUUAAAGUGCAUGACAUUGUUUUCGGAUUAUCGCCGCUAGAAGCGGGCGGGGUUGCAUAACUGCGACCAAACGUAUAGUUGCAGUGUGAGCGGUGCGGACUGUGCAACAAAUCGAACACACCCUCUCCUCGCCGCGCGGCAUGUGCCCAUCCGGGUACUUCUAGCUUUUACUACAUAACUCUAUCCAAAACCUCUGAUGAGCUGCUUGUAGUUGAAAUGUUUAGGGGUUUUUUUAAAUUCUGACCUCCAAAAUUGGACCCUGUCACAAAACGUCUGGAGAAUUUGACCGAAUAUCAACGUUUGGAUUAUUUAAAACAACCGUAGAUGACGUGUCAGCAGGGGUUGGACAGCACGUUAAGGAAACGUGAUGGAGGAACGGUUGCAUAACGGUUUAUUCUGACCAAUCAGAGCGUGCCAUUCCUCCCUGCGUAUGCCUGUGGGAGGAGAUAUGUUGAUACAGAAAGGACGUCUUGCAUGGCCGAAGAGUUUACAUGGCGUGACUAUCAAUUUAUACUCAAUGUUUAACGUGUUGGUGAGUACAUUUUUCAAUUACAAUUAGUCUAACAUUUGCGUUUGGAAACUACUCGGAAAGCUUUGCGUGUUUCUACUUUUGGUGAGCUUGUAGCUUUAUUACACCGCGACUCAUGCGAUAGCAAAAUAACAGUUCAAAAAUCGCAGCUGCUUGAAAACGUCUUUUUCCGGAAUUCAUCUUCGUGUAAUGUGUUCACUUCGUCGUUGCUACUAAUCAAGACAAGUGCCGAGUUGCUGUUUUUCUUUUCUUUUUUUCUUUUUGCGUCUGCUGUGGUUACCUGCAGUCCACACAUGCGGCCGCUGCUGGUCAAGAGACCCAACUCUGUGGAUAUAUUCAUGGAGCAAGGUUAAAGUUACACCAACCCCACAAAUCCAGCGACCUGCUUAAAAAACUGUUUGGUCCUCAGGUGUGAAUGGACACCUGACUAUUCUGCUGCCAAACAACGCAAGAGGGCGCCUUUUUGUUGUUUGUUGGGGGAACCCUUCCCUCUUUUUGACCCCACCUGGGAUAAUUAACUAAUUUAAGGCAGGCGACAUGGUGGUCAACACCAUUCAUUGGUUCAGGAAGGGACUGCGGCUGCACGACAACCCCUCUCUGAGGGACUCCAUCCCGGGGGCGGAUACCUUGCGCUGCAUCUACAUCCUGGACCCCUGGUUCGCCGGGUCCUCCAACGUGGGCAUCAACAGGUGGAGGUUUUUGCUGCAUUGUUUAGAGGACUUGGAUGCCAGCCUGCGCAAACUCAACUCCCGCCUGUUUGUCAUUAGAGGUCAACCUACAGAUGUCUUCCCUCGUCUUUUUAAGGAAUGGCAGAUCACCCAUCUAUCUUAUGAGUAUGACUCUGAACCUUUCGGCAAGGAACGUGAUGCUGCUGUCAAAAAAUUAGCCAGUGAGGCCGGAGUGGAGGUCGUGGUGCGGAUUUCACACACGCUCUAUGAUCUGGACAAGAUCAUACAAGUAAAUGGUGGUCAGCCUCCUCUGACAUACAAGCGCUUCCAGGCUGUAAUCAACUGUAUGGAUGCUGUGGGCCUGCCUGCAGGGACUAUCACAUCUGAGGACAUUAAAAAAUGUGCCACACCCAUCAGUGAAGACCAUGAUGACAAGUUUGGAGUCCCGUCCCUGGAAGAGCUUGGUUUUGAGACAGAGGGCCUGACCACAGCGGUGUGGCUAGGUGGAGAAACAGAAGCCCUCUUGAGACUAGAGAGACACCUGGAGAGGAAGGCAUGGGUGGCAAACUUUGAGCGUCCUCGUAUGAAUGCCACCUCCCUGCUGGCCAGUCCCACAGGCCUCGGCCCUUACCUGCGCUUUGGAUGUCUCUCUUGUCGGCUCUUCUACUUCAAGCUCACUGACCUGUACAGGAAGGUCAAGAAGAACAGCACCCCACCGCUUCCCUUGUAUGGCCAGCUGUUGUGGAGGGAGUUCUUCUAUACAGCUGCAACCAACAACCCCUGCUUUGACAAGAUGGAGGGAAACCCCAUAUGUGUCCAGAUCCCCUGGGACCGAAACCCAGAGGCGCUGGCCAAGUGGGUAGAGGGACAGACAGGCUUUCCUUGGAUAGACGCUGUUAUGAUCCAGCUGAGGCAGGAGGGGUGGAUCCAUCAUUUGGCGCGGCACGCUGUGGCCUGCUUCCUCACCAGGGGAGACCUCUGGAUCCGCUGGGAGGAAGGCAUGAAGGUGUUUGAGGAGUUGCUGUUAGAUGCAGACUGGAGUGUAAAUGCUGGCAGCUGGAUGUGGCUCUCUUGCAGUUCUUUUUUCCAGCAGUUCUUCCACUGCUACUGCCCUGUGGGAUUUGGACGACGCACAGACCCUAGCGGCGACUACAUACGGCGUUAUUUGCCCAUAUUGAGAGGCUUUCCAGCCAGAUACAUCUAUGAUCCGUGGAAUGCCCCAGAGGAAGUGCAGAAGGCAGCCAAGUGUAUCAUCGGAGUCCACUACCCCAAACCCAUGGUGAACCAUGCUGAGGCCAGCCGCAUCAACAUUGAGCGGAUGAAGCAAAUUUACCAGCAGCUUUCCUGCUACAAAGGACUGGGCCUGCUGGAAACAGUACCAGCUAAUCCCAACAACGGAGCAAGUGGAAGUGACAUCGGAAGAGUCAACUCAGGGACUAGUCAAGGUCUAGGGAGGUCCUCUGAAGACCUGAAGUCCUCUUUAGUACUGAAGGGAACGUCUCAGACAGACAGAGGACAGUCCACGCAGAAGCGGCGGUGUGAAGAAGCCCCACCUGAGAGCAGCUCUAAAUCCUGGAAGCAGAGCAAGUUGUUGCAAAAGGCAGAAUAAAAGGGUCCCUCAGUCAGUCUGUAUCAUCUGCGUCCUCUCCUGCAGUGCCUUCAGCUAAUACACAGUAAUAACUGUAACUAACAGCCAUAGAGGAGACAGAUCGGGCAUGUUGUACCCAGCUGUUACGACUGACUGUUUGUGUGAAGGACUCUCCUUAGCACAUGAUAUCUGUAAUCAGUUCAGUCUCAUCGGACAGUCAGCUGUCAACAUGUCUUGACCUUCAGAUAAGACACAGUACACAUCUCAGGAAUGAGGGAAGGAACCUUAUAGUAACACCAGGGUAAAACAGACAAAAACAUUUCUGACUACAAACUCUUCACAUCAAGGUGUUGUCUUCCACUAUGGUAUGUUAAAGUGAUGAAACCACUAAUUGUCAAUAUAAAUGGCUGAUUUUUUUUUUUUUUGUUUUUUUACCCCUUCAACCUCCAUCAUACAAUAAGUCAGGUCAGGACAUCAUCAGGCUGAUAAUUGUGUCAUCUAUCUGUCCAGUAGUUUGUAAUUCAGUCAGCUGGAUGUUUGUCAUAGCAUCAGUGCUCGUACAUAGAUGGUGAACUGAAAUCUUUUGGUAAUAAUCUGACUGCUUCAGCCUCCACCCCUGCAUGUGAAAAUGUGCACAUCUGAAAUUGAUGCCCGUCUCUGAGUGACAGGAACCUUUAGCACAAUCGGGAGACUGUUGUCUACAGCUUCAUAACACCUUCACCCACUGUCAAACACGCUGGCAUCAGAUGACCAGCUUAACACAGUUUCUCAAAAACAAGCCUCUAAAUGUUUCAUAUCAAAAAUAUGAAUACACACAAUGAAUGUAAGGACACUUUCAAAGAUUUAGGACACAAAGGUCUGAUGAACAGUAGUAAAAUAAACAUAUGAGUAAGACUGACAGGCCGUCCUUAAAAAGGCAAUCAAACAUUUUGUAAAUAUUUAGUGUUUUUGAUUUCCAUCUUUUGUAUAUUUGGUCAGGGGGGUUUCACAACUCCUUUUGUAAAUAUUGUGUUACCAAAAACUCAAAAGUUCUACCGUGACUGCAUGUGCGUUUGUCUCCCAUGUGAUUUGUAAAUCUUAUUAUUUUUGUAUAAACAAUGACCAAAUUCUAAUUGUAUUGAAAUGGCAAUAAAAGAAAGAAAUAACAUUGUA